GUUUCAUUUUCCCUCGGGUUUUCUUUUCCCUUGUAAUUUUCUCGGGAAACAAACAGAAAAUAUGAACGAAGAGGAGCUGCGUCGUUCGGAAGCAACCAUGGCCGAUCUUCUGAAUCAAUUCGAACGUAUCUUGGAAUCCGAUCCCCAAAUAGAUGAGGUGGGAUUUCUUCACCCGUCCCAGUUUUCCGAGCUGAAUAAAGAGGCAGGCCAUUCACCCUCAUUUGAUGACAGUACUGUGCUGCGCUCGGCAGAUGGAAACUCAGUUUUUUGGAAUAGGGAUCAUAAGUUGGGGAUUUCAACGCAAAUUCUUCUUCCAUUAUAUAAGACAGCUAAGCAUGCGUUUAUGGCAGCAAGUAGACAAUAUAAGGCACUUAACAGCAAAUCUGAUGUAUCCGGGGAUGAGAAUUCUCUGUGUGCGUCAUUAUCUUUGGAUAACAGUUUCGAAGGUGACGUCAUGAAGCAUAGCAGGGCACUUUUGUUGCUAAGUUGUGAUUUCGGCACUGCAUGGCAUUCCAGGAAACUUGUUGUGUCGCAUAAGCAUAAGCUCUCGGAUUUUUUGGAUGAACUUCUCUUGUCGGCACUUGUUCUUUCAUAUUCACCUAAGUCUGAGUAUGCUUGGAGCCAUAGGCAGUGGAUCAUCAAGUCAAUUGCUGGAAAGUGUUCAACUCUGUCAGAGAUUGUGACCAAAGACUCUGAGCUGGUGGAGAAAAUAGCUGAGAGGUCAAAAAUGAAUUACCGUGCUUGGAAUCAUCGUUGCUGGUUGGUUACCUACAUGACAAGAGAACAGUUGUUAUAUGAAUUAAAAAGAUCCAGAAACUGGGCCUCCUUGCAUGUUGCUGAUCAUAGUUGCUUCCAUUAUCGCAGUCGGCUGAUGCUUAAGAUUUUAGAAGAGCAAUGCUAUAAACAAGAAAUUUCAUCUUCUGGUUACAGCGUUGAGACAUAUCAAUUGUGGAAGGAAGAGCUUGAUUGGGAUGAAAUGUUGAUAAAGCGCUACAUAGGAAGAGAGGCUCUAUGGCUUCAUCGUCGCUUCCUUUCCUUAUUUUGGAUAAAGCAUUUCAUAACCAAUCAUACUGGUGUGUCCAGCCACGGGAAGCAGAAUAACAGCAUGAAUAACGACUUCAGAAUAUUUAUGGAUAACGAGCUACAUCUCCUCGACUCCUGCUCAAUCAUUCCAGAUAAUAGCUUUGACGAUUACCAAUCACAGGCUAAACAUUCUGCCACUUACAUAUUAUGGUUGAUUAAGCAAAUCCCUGAUUCCCGACGGAUUGAAUUUCAAGAGAAGCUGAAAACCGAAAACCUAAAAGCUCUGUUGAAUAAGGCGUGCCCGGAGAGGUCCUCAACUUGGGAUUCUUUAGUGAGCUAUGUAGAAGCAGCUGGACAUUAGUUGAGCGAGAGUUAGCCCCCGGAAAAUAUAUGUGUAGCACAUUUUGUGUUGUAAACUUGUAAACUUCUUCCUCUUUUCGUUUGAAUCGUUCAAAUUAUAAUGUACAAUGUCAUACAUCAUGAUUAAUGCAUAUCAUGUUACUGAAGGCUGUUUUCUUA